AUGGUCUUCCAGCUGCCAACCAUCGCGGGCGCGACGCCCCAGGACGCCGCGCGCGCCGCCGGCGAGCUAGCCAACGUGGACCCGAGCGAUUUCCAUACGAACCUCGAGACCGGUGACAUCCUCAUCCUGGAAAGGAACUCCGCCAAGAGCAUCGCCUUCAUCACCAGCUUCAGCGCUGGGGGGGAGGCCAAGAUCGGCCUCAGCAGCCGGGCACCCCCCACCGCGGGGCAGACAAGCGCACGGCUUUGCAGGGUCGUCGAGAAAGGGACAGUGGGCCUCCUCCGGCAGCCCGUCGGCAAGUGGCGCAGCUCGCCCACGACGGGCGCACGCGCGAAGAUCACCUCCUUCGGCACCGGCGAGGACGGCGUCACCACCGUCAAGCUCGCCGUCAUCGUCACGGAGGGGGACAACGAGGCGGCAAUCGAGAUGCCGAUAUCCGAGUUCCUCUCCUCCUACCCCGCGGGCGCCGGCGCCGAAGGCGGCGCCGCUGACACCGGCGCAGGCGGCGCCGUGCCGACGUACGCCGCCCUCCGCGCACUGCUCGACGCCACGCUCGGCUUCUCCGCCUCCGACGCCGCCGACGAGGCCGGGGAGGAGGAGCUAGACGCCUUCCGAAACGAGCUGUACAAGGCCAAGGAGCUGCGCGACCACCCCUCGUCCACCGACCGCAAGGAGCGGCUCGUCGCGGCGGACGAGGCGGUCGCCGCUGCGCGGGCGCGCGCGGGAGCCGACGCCGCGCUCCGCCCCCUCGCCGAGCUCGCGCAGCAGCUGCGCACCCACAGUUCGGCACCCACCAUCAAGAUGGCUGGCACCUUGGGCAUGAGGUUCCUCGACAACGUGGGAACCGCGGCCGCCGCCCCGGCAUCGGCCCCCGCGGCGGCGCAGGCGCAAGACGGCCCGGCGCCCGAGCGCCAGCCAACCGACGUCGUCGAGCCCGCCUUCCUCCGCGGCGGCGCCG